GAACGCAAAUAUAUAGAAUUGUACAUGGUGCAGAUAUAUACAUAGUUUUCUGUACGUGCACGCAUAUAAAUAAACGACGAUAAACCGAAAUAGGCUCGAUAUUUGUUCUUCGGCGAAUACUCACGCUGAUAAGUUGCAUACUGGUGUUUGACUUCAAAAUGACAUCUGUGUAUGGACCUAUUCCUGCAGGUGAGAUCGCUCCCUCUGGUGAAACCCGCACAAGUCCGGAAUCGGAUGACGCAGAGAAUAUACCUUACCAUGCACGUGAAAAUGCUCGACCCUUUACUUAUGGGAACCUUCCUGUGGGAUUUAAUACAAGUGACUUAAGCCAUGUCCCUUCAGAAAUUGUUGAAACACCAAGUGCAAGACGUAUUCAAAGCACCUACAAAAACAGUCCUUCAAGCACUCGUAAAAGCACAAGACCCGGCAUUUCGCCCUCUCGUCCUGUGCUAAGAAAGACGCCGUCACGUCAAGAGUUUGAAGAAAUGUUGAUGGAACGAAAAGAAAAAUCUUUGCGGGAACAAAACAAUGCCGCAACUAAGUUGGCGCAAGAAGCAUCCAUACAAAAGGAGUUCGAUGAGCUGCAUGAAAAGCUCAAUAAAACCAUUCUUUCUUCGCAAAAUAUAAAUGGAUCUAAACAAGACAAACACAUUGACUUCACAGAUUCAACAAAAACUUCUUUAUGCCCUUCCCAAAGCUCAGAAAAUGUUGAUUCCCCCCUGCUUGCGGUAGAAAAGAAACGUCCGGAGACGCCAACGUUUCCGGUUGUUCAGAAGUUGGUCAACAGUGAGCGAUGUAUUAGCCCGUACCCAUCAGGAACUGCAAAGUCCGUAACGUCUGGCGAGCAGGGGUUGAUUGCACAACCAAGUAUUACUCAAGAUGUGGAGCCACAUUUGGUAAAGUUUGCUAAAGAUUUAUCGCAGUUUUGGUACAAGCCGCAUAUGACUAGAGAAGAGGCUGUGAUGUUGCUACGCACCGCACAGGUCGGGACAUUUCUCAUACGAAAUUCAACCACAUAUCGUGAUUCUUAUGGGCUUGUGCUGCGGGUAGCGAAAGCUCCACCAUCUAUACCUAGUACAUCAGGAAACGGGGAUGAGCUGGUACGCCAUUUUCUUUUAGAGCCUACGAAUCGAGGCAUUCGUCUUAAAGGAUGCGCCAACGAACCUAUAUUUACGUCGCUAUCAGCUUUUGUCUAUCAGCACUCAAUUAACAGUUUAGCACUGCCAUGCACGCUUGUUAUACCAUAUCAGGACUUGCUCUUGAAUUCUCCCGACAAUGAACUGAUGUCCAGACAAAAACAGAUUCUUGUACAGGGCGCUGCAUGUAACGUACUUUAUCUAUACCAGUGCGAUACGGAAUCGCUUACUGGGCUCGAGGCCGUUCGCAAAUCCGUUCAUCAAAUGUACUUGGAUGCCAAAUAUUCCCUUCCAAUAGAAGUGCAUUUAAAGAUAUCACAAGAGGGCAUUACAUUGACCGACAACACCCGUAAGACGUUUUUUCGACGACAUUAUCCAGCACAGAAUAUUUCUCACUUCAGCAUGGACCCAAAUCAACGAUUUUGGAGUGUCAAUGCAACCGACGAAGGAUUGCAGCGAUCAGUCAACAAGUCAAUAUUUGCCUUCGUAGCACGUCCGCUGACUGGUACAAAGGACAACCAAUGCCACAUUUUCUGCGAUUUAGCCUCCUCGCAACCAGCAUCAGCAAUUGUAUCAUUUGCCAAUAAAGUUCUUCCAUUAAGUAAAUCCAGCUGUAAGAUGCUAUGAGCAAAACUAAUGUUAUAUUUAAAUUUUGUAUUUAUUUUAAAGAUAGUCCGAUGUUUUUAUGAUGUAGUGCACAA